UUCGAGAUGGCACUAAUUUGCUUUGACCGUGCGGCUAAUGCACGUCCGAUGAAAAGACCUACGACGGCAGCGACGUCUAGAAGCCGCAAGACGUCACUGGCAAAUAAAUACUUCGCCAUGCCCACCUUAACAUUUCUCACGCACGCCUUUCUCCCCAACCCUUCUCAAGACUUCAUUCUACACUUUUAAUAUCGUCUUCUUGUACCUAAUACUACAAUCAUGCGCGUCUCCUCUACCAUCCUCGCCACAGCCGGCCUUCUCACCUCGGCCAACGCUGCCAUCAAGGGUUUCAACUACGGCGCAAACUUCAACAACAACCAGGCCAAGACGCGCGUCGACUUUGAAUAUGAAUUCAACGCCGCCAAGCAGCUUCCUGGCACCAGUGGGUGGAACAGCGCCCGUCUGUACACCAUGAUCCAGCACGGCACCCAGACCACUGUCAUCGAGGCUAUCCAGGCUGCUAUAAACACCAAGACCAACCUCCUACUCGGCAUGUGGGCCUCCGCCGGUCAAGCCAACUUCAACAACGAGAUCACUGCUCUCAAGGCCGCCAUCGCCCAGUACGGUACUGCCUUCACCGACCUGGUCGAGGGUAUCUCCGUCGGCAGCGAGGACCUCUACCGUGUCACCCCAACUGGUAUCGAGAACAAGUCCGGCGCCGGUGCUCAGCCCCAGGAGCUCGUCAACUAUAUCAAGCAAACCCGUGCUGCUAUCAAGGGUACUCCUCUCGAGGGCAAGCCCAUCGGCCACGUCGACACCUGGACCGUCUACGUCAACGCCACCAACAACCCCGUCAUCGAUGCUGUUGACUUCAUCGGCAUGGACGCCUACCCCUACUUCCAGACUACCAUGAACAACAACGUCGGAUCCGGCAGCCAGCUCUUCUUCGACGCCUACCACCAGGUUCAAGCCAAGGGUAAGCCCGUCUGGGUCACCGAGACCGGGUGGCCCGUUAGCGGCGAGACACUCAACCAGGGUGUCCCCAGUGCGGCUAAUGCCCGCAUCUACUGGGAGGAUGUCACCUGCCAGCUCAUCAAGGACAACGUUAACCUGUGGUACUACAUCCUCCAGGAUGUUCAGUACGGCAACCCCGUCCCCUCGUUCGGCAUCAAGCCUGCGGGUGACCUCAUGGCGGUCAAGCCUUUGUUCGACCUUUCUUGCCCUGCAACCUCCGGAGGCUCCACCCCGGCUCCUACCAAGAAGGUCUCUACUGAUGGUACUUGUGGAUCUCAGGGAGGUGCUACUUGCACUGGCUCGACAUUCGGUAACUGCUGCUCGCAGUACGGAUGGUGCGGAAACACUGCUGGACACUGCGGUACCGGUUGUGAGAGCGGAUCUGGUACUUGCAACAAGCGCAAGUAGAUGCCCCGACAUCUCAGCCCACAAUCGUCACCAUCCCAGUAAUUAGCUUUGAUCGGUCAACCCCAAUAAUUCAGAGUUUAAUCUCGAUAUCCUCGCCCGUCUCUUUCAUACCUCUUCAUCUUGACAGUCUUGAAAGUCUACCGCAACCAAUAUUUACCUCGCUCCA